AAGCGAUUUCAAAUCCGCCAUGGAGAAAGGCUUUCCUCCGCGGUUUGAGUUGCAGGAACAGAUCGGAAAGUUAGUAUACCGCGCGGUGGUGCGCGAAAGCUGUUCUGUCGUAUGCUGUUAGUUGUGAGCAAAACUGCGAAUCACCUUGAUUUGAUUGUUUGCAUUAUCUUGCUUUGAUGACUUCUUAUCUUCUCGUUUAACUAUUUUGAUGGUUUGUAUUUUGUAUUGCUGUCAUAAAUUGGAUCGAGUAAUUCAAAAUUGUAAUGUUGUCGCAGAGGUACAUUCAGUGUUAUUCGAAGAUGUUUCGACAAGAGGAGCGAUCGAGUUUGUGCUGUGAAAAUUGUAGAUGUGGCAAAGAUGACUUCUUCAAGUGGCCUCACAGAAGAAGGUAGGAAGCUAUAUCUCAUAAUGAGUGUAAUAUUUAACCUCGAACAAGCCUGUUUGAUUUUUUACAAGCUAACUCUCGACAAUUAAGAUUUUUAUUACUGGUUCUAUGCGUCCUUAUAUUGCAUGUGCGCAAAAGCUGUCACAAAAUCUUGCGACAUAGAAGGGGUUUGCUUGCUAUCAUGCUGUGAAUAUACGGCCAGAUUUCUGUUAGAUAGCAGGCAAAUAACUUCUCUUAUGCCUUUUUUUGUUGUUGUAAAAUAAACACUCAAGGAGAAUAAAUUACAAAAGUCCCUUAGGACAGGAAUAGGCAAACCACAAAGAACACGAUAAUUCCAACAGAUGGAAGCUUCGUUGGAUCUUCUUUGUUAUGAUAUAUUGGACACAGCGAAGGUAGAUCUGUUUUCCUCCGUUAUUAGAUCAUUGUUGAAGAGGUUGAUUAUCAAAUCAGAGAUCGACCUGGUAUAUUUUUAUGCUGAUGUUUUCCGCUUCGCUUCGCGUGUUUCUGCUUGACUAACGUUUCGAGCAAGCGUUCGUGGUGUAAAUUUCAAGAACCGAAAGUCAAACAGAUUUAUAAUUUCUGUCAAUGUGUGAUUGUUGUUUUCACAGAUUUACAAAGGGAAGCCCGCAUUUGUCAGAAAUUGCGCCAUCCCCAUAUAGGUAUGGAUAUCAAAUACCCUUGACAUAACAUUUGUAAUCAUAUAGUAAUUCUAUUUGAGACUGUUUGUAAUUUUCAGCAAUUUUAAUUGGAAUACCAUAUUCUUAACUAUGUAAAUAUGGAAUAAUGAGUAGUUAUGGCUGUGGCAGUCUCCAGAAAAAUUCUUGUUAUAUUUAAAAACUUAGCUUUAUCACUAGAAAUAAUUAAGAUAAGAAUAGCGUUAAAGUAUAUCAAAUUAAACAUUGAAGUCUUUCGUGGAUUGAAGUCAAGUUAAUAUUCUUCAGCCGAAAGAACAACAAAAGUCACAGAAUUAGUUUGGUUUUCUUGUAAUUCUUGUUCCCUUUUUUCACCACAAAGUAAAGAUCUCAAAUUUUGCAUAACCUAACAGGAAAAAUAGAGCAAAUUGUUUAUUUCAUUCAGAUUCGAAAAGUUUCAUUUUAUUGAAUAAGGGAAUUAUUGCAUAUAAUAAAUUUUGGCAGCUGAAUAAAGGCAAAAAAACCUUUAACCCAAAGAAAAAAGACAUUAUUUUGAAUUAACAGAGUACUCAUUUGUAAAAAAGAGCUUUUUGACAAAAUUAUUUGUUUGAAAUAAUAUUGGAAACUUCCAAGAAAAAUACAUAGAAACUUUUUCCUAAAUAUUAUGAAGGUGGGAUGUCAUACCUUACCUUUACAAAUGUAGCUGAAUAUAUAUUUCCUUGUUGAGUAAAUAAAAUGUUUCCUGUUUUACGUAUGUUUUUCGGAAUGAGGGGUUGUUGUGAUUGGUCUAAAGAAAUUAAUUAAUUAUUUUUCAAUUCUUUUUUUCAAUACGGGCAUAUUUAAUUGUGAAUCUGUCAGUUGUCUUGUAUUGAGAAGAUAUUUACAUUCAGUCCAUUUUUUCAAUGGAGGCAUAUUUUAAGCAUCUAUCAGUUGCCUUGUGUAGUUGAGAAGAUCUCCACAUUCACUAAACGUAACUCUUUUUGUCUGUAUUGUCUAAACCCAAAGGCAAGGGUGAUUGGACAACUAAGUAGGGUGAAUGUUUUUGCCCAAUAUUUUGGUUGGACGAGGCUGCCAGAAGCUUAGUGAAAUAUAGAAUAAAUUGAUUGCAAAAUUUAAAAUAAGUGUUAACAGAGUCAAGUAAGUUUUCUUUUCUUUAUCUGAGGCUGUGAUUUUAAAAUAAUUUUUGUGAACAUUCAAUUGGAAGCUAUUAAUCUGUGCCUCCUGGCAGAGCUGCUGUAACAAUACAACAAUAAUUUUGGUGAUACAUAUCUUGAUACCACUGUCAUCUAGAUGACUUACAUUAUACUUGUAUGAUAAAAGGUGACAAAACUUAGUGAAGGUCUGAAUAUCAAUCAUGUUUUUAGUUGAAAAAUUUGUGAGUGCAAUGUUAUGGAAGUAAUUUAUAAAUUCAUACAUUUCUCAGGACUCAAUAGUACAGUGUGUACCUGUACACUAAAUUGUGGGACAAUAAUUUUGAGUUUAAAUCAUUGUAUAAAUUGCCACCCCUACCCAAAAAAAAAACAACAAGAACAAAGUAAAAAUGAAGUGAUCAGAGUUAUUGAUCUAUUUUUGCUUACUUUUGCAUAAGUUUGAGAUGGCUGAAUAUAAGCCAAUUGCACUAAGAGUUCAUGUGACAUCAUUUUUAUGAAAAUGAAAGUUAUAUGAUUUUUCCUUCGAAAAAAAUUAGUGGGUCAUAUCUUAAACAAAAUAACAGUGAUAUGGUUUUUUCAAACCUGCACUAUUUUCUUAAAAAUGAGUAAGUUUGUAGCUGGUCAUGUGACCAAAAUGUGAUGUGUAAAAUUAUGAAUUACCCAUUUUUGAACACAAAUUUUGAACUUUCAGGUCAAGGAAAAUGUUGAAAAGAUGAUGUGGUAACGUUUACAGCAAAUCUGAGUGUAACUAUCAAACGUUUAACAAAGAUACAAGCAAAAACUAGUUUUUGCCGUUAUUUUGGAGGGCAAGAGUAUGCUCUCCAACAUCACAGCCAAUACAAAUCAUACUACUUUGUUGAAAAAUCAAAGUGCCAUAUAAUAUCUCCCUUAAAUGUAUUUCCUCUCAAAUUGCGGGUGUAAGAUAGUAAUAAUAUUUAGUUAAUUUUAUGUGCUGUGUCAAUUUUUGGCAUCAGCAAGAUUCCAACUCACUGUUUAAAGGAAGCGUUGGUUAUGUGACUUCUUAGUUAGUGGCCUAUUUGCCAAGAUCUUUCUUUUUUAUGGACUGAGACUGACUGGACUGAGUUGAGGUCAAUAAAGUAGUGAAAGUAAUAAUAAUAAUAAUAAUAAUAGUAAUAAGUUAUUUCCAGUUACAUUAAUAUCAAAGGGUUUAUAAAAAUAUAAAUGCAGAAAUGUAUUUUGGGUCUUAACCAAUUUUGAUAUAUUUUGUGAUUGCAUGCAAGCAAUUACUUGUCUUUGUCACUUUGAAGUGUAGUGUUUUUCUUAAUGCUCUUGCAAUAGAAGUUUAACUCUGUUGAAAAUUGACUCUGUUGAACUGCUUUUGCUAUUAAAAAUAUCAUUUCAUUGACUUAUCUAUUGACUUCUCCAGCUUCAUUGCCAUCCUUAUCCAGCCCAUCUUCAUGCUUUUCAGGUUCACCUGCCAUUCUCUUUGGUGUAAAAAAUGAACUUAGGUUUUGUUGUCGUUUCAUAGUGAAAUAAAAGAACAAAGCCAACAAAGGAAGCGUGAAUCAAUCAGCACAGUAGUCAAAAUGUAUGCUCCAGUCUCUCUCGGAAUUGCAUCUAGAAUGCCUGACACAAAACCUACUCAUCAGAACUCAGUCUGAAAUAACAGUCAUUUUUCCUUGAUCUAUUUCAGUUGACAUGCUUGGCGCUUACUCAAUGGAUGGCUAUAUGUAUAUGGUGUUUGAGUAGUAAGUAAUAACAUUUAAUAUUUAUUAUUUUAAGGUGAUUCCCUGGUUUUGCACUGCGCAUCUCUUACUGCGCAUAACAAGAUGGCCUCCGUAAAAAAGAGCUUGUGAAGUAACAUUAUUAAAAUGAAGUUGACUGAAGAGAAACGCUAUUGAAAUUUUUGCUUGCGGUUGUUUCUUGCCGAGGUGAGACUCAAUGUGGUGGGAAUAUGCAUAACGUAAGCAGUACGCGUGUUGCUGAGUUGGACUUCCUCACGGAGAACCUCGAUAGUGGAUGUUUAAUUUGUGCUUAUUCACUUUGCUUUUCAUUUAAACGCUUUCUUUAUCACAUUGUAUCCUAAAUGUGAUAUCUUGAUGUAAAUUCUGUAAAAACGGAUUUUUUAAUACUUUCUUCCCCCUUUCACACACAUUCUAUUUUAAAACUCGCCCCAGUCCUCUCUCAAAAAUCAAGCAAAAUGCAUUUGGUGCGCACUUUCUGCAGCUCUACCGCAAAAACGAGUACAGUGACCCCCAUUUUUUAUUUCAUGAUUUUAAUAAGGACAGUGCUUCCUUUCGGUGAGAAAAAAAUUGGCACAAAUCUAUGUUCAGUUUUUUGGCAAUUUUAGAUUGAGCUAUCACGUGUCGAAUAGCGCGUGUCCAAUUUAAUUCUACUUUGGAGCGUAAAGUAAAAACAAGGGCAUUAAAAGGCAUUUUUAUGGUACGUAAGUGGAUAAACAAUACAUUAAAGUCAAAUUCCAUGUGAUACCACAUGAAUCAUUGAAAAAAUCUUUCCUUUUUGUAUAGUUUUGGGCUGCGCGCGGUUUUUGUCAAAAGGUCCAAAAUAGCCGUAUUUGUCAGCAUUGUGACGUCAAAACGAGCACGGUGACCCCACUUUUUAUUACUUUUUUAUCAUCUUCUUGACUUGUUACAUCAGUGUACCAAGUUUCAUAUAAAAUCUAUGUUAGGUUCUUUUACUAGGGAAUCGCCUUAAACUUAAAUUUAGUAGUUAAUGAUAUCUUUCAUCAUUUUCCAUAUUGUACACGCUAUUAUUGAUAACAACAAUUUGUGCCAUGGGAUUAUGAGGAUAAUAAUAUUGUGAUAAUUAUGAUAACUUAGUGAUCAUGUGUAAUUAAAGGAUUACCAUUCAAGGAAAUGAUGUCAUCCUUGCUGCUGUGUGCUUUGUGUACUUUUGAAUUCUUGUUGUUCACAGGGUGCAAAGAAAGCCGGUUUUCAUGCUUGCCAUUCGGGCAAGUUGUUGCUAGUGUGUGCUAGCCCAAGAGUAUUUAAGUAGCCGAACAAAAUUUUUGAUUAGCAGCAUUGAUUACAGUUCUUCUGUAAUUUGAAUUUCCCAAACAACUUCACUUGCCCUUCGGGCAAGUUAAGAACAGAAUUCACCAGCCUGAUUGCAACAUCCACUAGCCCCCGGCUAUUGGACACAACUUUCUUUGCACGCUGUGUUCAUGUACGCGAUCAUUCUUGUGCAGCUCUUACUGGCAUCGAUUUACCUUCCCACCUCUCCCAUGGUGGUCUAUUGUAACUUUUGUUACAUUUUGUCUGAUCAAUGAAUUAAACCUUUCACCAAACAUCAGUCUCUGUACCUGUAGUUUAUAUUAUCUUAAAGAAAAAAGUUAGCGUUGUCCUUUGACAGUUGUAAACUGUGUCUGAUUACUACGUAGUUAAAGUGUAUAGAGCAAUCCCCUCAGUGACUAUCACAGGUACAGCACAUAAUAACAAAACUGAAAUAUUAUGAAAACCAAUGCCUUUGCAGAGCUCCAAGCUGCCACAACUUUAAUUGCCACCCACGAGUAGAAACAAUUUAAGGGACCAACAUUGCAGCAGAAGUCACCAAAUUAGCUACUUGUACAACCAAAGCACUUGAUUCAAAAAUCAUGUUUUUCCAAUCUUUAUUCUGCUCUAUAGCUUGGAUGGUGCUGACCUUUGUUUUGAAAUUGUCAACCGUGUCAAUGCUGGAUUUGUUUACAGUGAAGCUGUGGCAAGGUAUGUAAUUAAAGGAAAAUAACAUUUUACUUAAUAAUAAUAUUACUUUUGACUGAUGUUACAUACAUUAGUUUGGUGUUGCAAUCAGCUCAUACUAAGUAUUAAGUAUUAUACAGCGUCAUGGGAAAUCAUGGUCAUGAUUUUCAGGACCUGGAAAAUUUCAUUUUCAAGGCUUAGAAAGAUUAAGAAAGUCAUGGAAAUUAAUCAAUUUAUUGUUGGUCCUGGAAAGUCAAGGAAAUUUAUAGUUUGUUAAGGUAGAUUAAUCACUGCAAAUGUCAAAUCAAGGACAAAGAGUUAGUAAUAUAAGGACAAGUCAUUUAACAGCACAACUGGCACAUUUCUUUUCUGUCUGUUGAACUGAGACAUUUUAAAAAUUACCCUCAAACAAGGAUCAAUGCACUGUACAGGGCUUCUGAUAUUUCGCGUGGUCGCGGUGCUGUGAAAUUCACCAACAAAAGCAAAAUACCACGAAAUUCGCUGGAAAUCUUAUCAAAUACAUGUCGAUACAACAUUAUUUUUUGAAACUUAUCUUUUGCUAUUGGGGCUGUUUACUUGCCAUAAUCUUGCAAAUUUAUCUUGAAACUUCAUCGACACAUAGAGCGAACAACGUCCCAAAACUACCAGGCGUAAAUUAUGUUAUGAAAAACUGGGUACUAGUCAUGAUGUUAAAAGCUUUGCCAUUGGCUCAUUUCUCGAGCACUUUGUCGUUAAAAUAGCAAAUGAUUAGAUUUGUUAAAAAACACGCUCGUCAAAUCAGCACAAAAUUGAUUGAUUUCUAGCUAAAUUUGCCCAGAAAGUUCUCACGAAAUCGGCCGUUUUUUACCAACCGUUUUUCAGGGAAACAAGCCUUGAAAAUUUCUGCAAAAUUCCCGCGAAAUCAGCCAAUUUUUCUGCAAAUCUGUCUCUGAAAAUCUCUGGAAAUUUGACUUUUUUUCCACAACCGAUCAGAAGCCCUGACGGUAAUUUAAAAAAGUUUUGAAUUUGAAGGCUAUACUGAAGGUCAUGGAAAACUGGAAAAAGGCAUAAUUUGAAAUGGUCAUGAAAAGUCGUAUAAUUCAAUGGUAUAAAAAAAGUAUAAACCUUGUUAUUGUUGUUUUAAAAGCAGUAUCCAUACAUGUAUAUUUUUACAGCCAUUACCUCAGACAAGUUCUUGAGGCUCUGUCGUUUUGUCAUGAAAACAGAAUUAUUCAUCGCGACCUCAAGGUAAAGUUUCACCCUACAUAAUUAGUUAACCCUGUAAGGCCCAAUUAAUUAUUUUCUAAUGACAUCAAUAAAUCAUCAAGAGAAUUGUUAAAUACCAAAUGCAAAUAUGGCGGACCUCUUGACUGGCCAUGCUCCGGGGUUUUCACUAAAAAAUUCUUGUAGCAGGUGAAAGGUGUAACUCAACAGGAGAAUAUUCUGAAAGACGCUCCAUGUCUGAAUAGAAAAAUAGUCAUAGACUAUCACACGUUAGCGGGAGAAUUUUUGUGUAGUAAACAGAGAAUUCUCCUAAUUAACACCCUGAUGCUCUACCUGUAGUUGUUAAAAAGCAAGGCUAGGGAGACCUCUUAGCAAUUUAGUUGAUCAACAAUGUAUGCUUUAACUACAUUACUUAAUUGACUUAUCCAAAGUCCUUUCACAAGACAAGUACUGGAUUCAUGCAAGUCGAAACAGUGAAGAAAAUAGAAUUCUGUUUUUAUUUAAGGAGAAAUUAGAUGCUUGUUGACCACUGACAGUGUUUAAGGCUAAACUGCUCUUUGCACACAUUCUGUAGCCUCCAUGAUUAUUUUUUGUCUUGUGUUGUGGUAAUGAACUGAGCUAAAGGAAUCUCUAAUUGAUGCAGUAAGUCAAAAUAAAAAGAUAUAUAUUAUAUACAAUGAAAAAACUGUUUAAAUUUUCCUCAUUACAGCCUCAUAACAUUCUCUUAGCAAGUAAGGAGAAUUCGGCACCAAUCAAAAUUGCUGACUUUGGCAUUGCCACUGAAAUUGGAGAAGAAGGCUAUGUAACGAGUGGUAAGAAUAAUUGAAAUUAUUAUUAUUAUUAUUAUUAUUAUUAUUUUUGUUAGCAGAAGUACAACUGUACGCAUGGUUUUCACCAAUAUUGCAGAAGGAAAAUCAUGUUCAGACUAUGAAUUCAGCAGAUCAAGCAUUCUUUUGCAAGAUCACCUUCUGGGCAACUCGAGUGCCAAAAUGUUUCUAAAAAAUUAAUAAUUUGAAAAUUAAUGUAAUAAUGAGGGUUUUCUUGCACUUUAACAAUUUUAGGCCAAUGAAAUUGUAGGGAUGUUUGUUGUUGUUGUUGUUGUUUAUGAAACAAGGAUAUUCAUGCAAUUCUCUGAAGCUUCACAGCGAUCUCAAUGAAAUCACAACUGUUCAGCACAAUACAGCCAACUAGAGUGUUGCACAUAAAUAGUGAAACAUUACAACCACAGUUUAUUCAGGACAACAUUCACCAGGACGAUGAUACUCAACCUACUUAUCAAAUUACACCUGGUAAAGUGGUCAUAUUCACAUAUUAAGCUCACUAUGCAUGACAACCAUUCUGUUGUGGUCCCAUCUUGGAGUUUGCUGGAUUUAACAUUCAUUUACUUAUCUCUUAUCUUAGGCCGAAUAGGAACCCCACAUUUCAUGUCGCCAGAAGUUGUUAACAGGGAACAGUAUGGAAAACCUGCAGAUGUCUGGGGAUGUGGUUAGUACUUUCUGUUUUGAUGUUUUUGUUAUACGUACAUGUAUGUGAAAGUCCUUGAAUUUCCAAGGAAGCCCACGACAUGGCCUUGAAUUUCUUUAAGGUCCCAGAAAAAUCUUUGAAUUUUCCCCAGUCUUAUUUGUGGUUGAGUAUUCCUGAUUUUUUCUGAAUUUCUGCUAGACGUCCAUUCCACAGGCAAGGUAACAAGCAGCUGCAUGUACAUAUAUGUACAUACAUGGAUAAUUUCCAUACCCAUGUGCAUGAACUAUUUCAUGUCAUGACAUUGUUGGCGGCUCUGUUUGUGAGAAAUUAUGCCCUGAAAGUAGGCUUUUAAUCUAAAUGGUUGUCCAAGGAGAAACAAAACUGGUCCUUGAAAACUCCUGGUAAAAAGAUCGAAUUUCCUGUGCUAUUGAUAUAAAUACAUGUACCAGUUAAACAAAUAAUUGCACUGAUGAUGCAUUCCUUUUCAAGAGUGUUAUAAACAACCAGAGUUAUAUGAUGUAAACUGAUGUUGUGUCCCCUUUUAGGUGUAAUACUGUUCAUUCUUCUUAGUGGUUCAUUCCCUUUCCAUGGCACCGGGGAAAAAAUAUAUGACUCUAUCCGAAAAGGGAUUCCUACGGUGAGUAACUAAGUUGCUACCAUGGCUUUUAGACAGUAGAGUCUGCUAGAUUUGACUUUAUGAGGGUGUAUGAGAUUGAGUACAGUAAGGCCAGGGUCAAAAAUCAAACCUCACAUGUGACAAACCUGCUGAUAAUGAGCAAAAUCAAAUCUGGCUUUUUCAAACCAAGUUUACUACUGUAGACAGUAAUAUAAUACUGUAGAUUUUACCCAGGAUCUCUUGGACUCAAUACAUUUCCAGUCUUAUGGAUUUUUGGGAACACAGUUUUCCCUAUUUGGGUUUCUUUUUUAUAUCAAAUUGUUUUUGUUAUUUUGUAUUUGAAACAUGAUGAGCUUUAGUAACGGGGAAAAUAUGCACUGUAAGGGAUUCAAGGUCUGAGAAUUGUCUUCCUGCGUGGUCAAAUAAUAAUUAUUCUAAAUGAUUAAUGGCAGUUGUGAUGGUCACACUUUUAGCCAGGAAAUGAUUAGUUGACAUCAAGCUCCAAUAUCCCCCUAGCAGUUCAAAAACAAAGAUGUCCAAAAAAUCACUAUUUUUUCUCCAACUGGGUAUCCACAAGCACCCAACUGGUGAAAACCGUGGUGACUGUUACAGUAUUAACAAGUGCAAAGGCUGAUUCUCACUUCCUUAUUAAUAUUGUGAAUUCUACAGAUGAGAGCUAGAAUCUGGGACAACAUAUCUGAUGAAGCAAAGGACCUAGUGAAGAAGAUGCUAGCUAAUGACCAGAAUGAACGACUGACGGCACAUGAAGCCCUAGAGCAUCCAUGGCUAAGGGUACAAAGAUAACUUCAACAGUAAAAUAGUGUAGUUGAAGGGGUGUCUGAAAAAAUGUAACCUGUAGUAAACUUUUAGAAUCCCUUUCCAAAUUGCUGUCUGUUUGCUUGUAAACCAAAGGAAAAAUUUAACAGAUGUUUUUUUUAGUAGGUUUUCCUUGCAUCCCUUCAAUUAUUGGUGAAACAGAAGCAUGUACAAUUCUUUUUGUUUCAGCCCUGAAACCAGUUGCUCUUCUUGACUUGGCACAUUAUUACGUAAAAGUAAUAUGUUAAUUCUUGCCAUUACUUUUAAAGCUUCUGAUAGGAUAAGUACCCGGUAUAUGUAAUUUACAUGGGUGUGUGCAAAACUGUGGUUACUUUGCAACAAUUUACAUAAAUGUUUUAGGAUUUAUUCUCAGUUGUGAUUUCUUUGCUGAGUCCCUUGUCAAGUAACUAUAAAAAUAAUGGGUAUAUUAACUUGGCCAGGUACUAAUUUUUUUAACAAUUUUUUUUUUUUUUCACAUAGAAUCGAGAAGUUCCUCAAAGAAUUCACCUUCAAGAUUCAGUUGAUGAAAUGAAGAAGUUUAAUGCCAGAAGGAAGUUAAAGGUAAUGUGCAGGUCUGUGAUAAAAUCAACAAGGGAAUGGCUAGAGGGCAUCCAAGGGACUUCAAACAGCCUUCCCCCCCCCCCCACCCCACCCCCCCGCUACUACUACCACCAUUAUGGGGGAAGAUAGAGGGUGGGGAGCCCAGAAGAAUAGGGGGCUUGCUCUUAUAUCACAAUGAUAUUCUGUGGUAAGAUCCUUCUAUUUGAAAAAUCGUUUCUAAGUGCUAUGCUGAUGGGCAAGGUUUCUCACAUUUCAUUGUUCUUGAUUUUAUUCAGAGAAGGGAGGGUUUGGUUUUCACUGCUUAUUACAUGAGUCUGAUUUUUCUUUCAUUGUAGGGGGCAAUUUUGGCUGCUGUUGCAAGCAGAAAAUUUCCAAGUAAGAUUGAAAAAUCUAAGAGUUUUUAGGUCUAUUGAACAAUAGCAUAACACAGCUGCAAAUAAUUUUUCGAAAGGACAGAUGUCUGGCAAAGGCAUCUUUUUGGUGCCGGACAUCACAAAAAACGCAAUUAAAGAUGCAUAACACAUUUUUAACAAAAAUUGUGAAUAACCAACACAACACUGUAGAAUGAUUGCUUUCACAUAUUCACUGUGUUAAGCUAAUUUUGUUAGUACAACAAUCCACAGAUGUUCAAGAUAGAUUUCACCAUAUUCAAAGUGAUAAUCUUCAGUACUGACUUUGUCUGGACAUCUUGUCUGACCACAGUGAAGAUGUUGUUAGGCCAAUUUUAGUCAGACAUUUUCUGAUGACCUACUGUUAUUAUCGCACCUUUGGUAUGAUGGUCUGUAAGUUAUAGUACAGUUGCUCUUUUUUUUCUUUAGUUUAGUGGCUAUCAUUCAAAAUAAAAUAAUUGACAGAGGGGAUUUUAAAAAUACAAUGUUUUUUUUUUCUCUUCGUUUUAGUGGCUAAUGGAGAUGUCGUUGGGGCUCAGGUAUUUCAUUAUUCAUAUUUGCAUGUUCAUCUGUUUACCCUUAGACCCAAGAGUGACCAACAUCAAUUUUCUCCUAACAUUUCCAGAACAUAAUCAAGUGAUAAAGUUGUUAAAAUUGACAGAAAGAUCAACUAAGAAAAAAUGAUCUGAUCUUUUAACAAAUUCUCUCAACUUAUUCUUUAAGAAAAUGUAUAGUGACUCAGUAGGGAGAAUUUGUAUGCGGAUAUUGGUGGUUAAAGGUUUAACCUCAUCAGCAGAUGAGCGUGGAGAGGGGGAGGGUGGGGGCAAAACUAAGAGGCUGUGGGGCCAAGAACUGCAGCCAAGUCCGAUGCGUAACCUUGACAACCCUGAGAGUGGCAUCCACCCAGGCGUCGUCACACUGCUACCAGUGGAACCUAGCCUACUUACCAUACAAUUACCAAAGGGAGGGCUGGGUAGGGAACAAAAACGCUAGAAGCACGAGCAACCAGCGGCAACGUUAAUGUAAUGGCCUGACCUCAACAACCCAUCGGCCGCUGCGAAACAAUUAGUGUGGCCCAGUUUUCAUCAUCAUACGUUUCUGGGAAACUUCCCACAUACCCCUCCCCUAAGUCAACAUUACACUUACUUCUCACUUAGGGCAAAAUGUUGGCUUAGGGGAGGAGUAGGUGGGCAGUUUCCCAGAAACGUAGAAUGAUCCGAUGGGGAUCCGAUGAAUCUCGCGCAAAAGACUUGUGGCCAGUCUCUGGCUUAUGCUGACGUCAAGUUUAAUCACCAUGUUGUUAGCGCUAACAGAGUUGCUCUUAAAAUUCCGUCUUUUCCUAGGAUGAUGUUUUUGAAUACGAAGAUGAUGAUCUUACCGCAUCAGGUACGGAUUCGAGAAUUUUUCCCCCAUUCUGUGAUAAAAAAAACUGUUUUGAAGCGUUUCAUUUAUAAUCUCAAAGUAUCUUGGAGGGUCAUAAAAUGUUAGGUCAAAAGGUUUGCUGCAAGGGACAAUGUUAGACUCCGAAUGGUCCCUGUUGUUUCUCAGUGACAGUAGGGCAAGGGAAGUGCUCGAGAGAGCGUGAAAAUUGCUACCCGCGUGGAAGCUGAUACGCGUGUCACCUUCCGCGCGAGUGAAAAUUUUACUCGCGUUCGCGUAUUUCACUUGCUGUGCAAUCCCUGGGGAAGAUGAUGGACUACUUGUAGUUUAGAUCAUUGAAGUACUUUAUGUUUCAAUUGACGUGUAACUGUGCAGUGUGACCUGUAACGUAACGUGGGUUUCACGCAAGGCGAGAUCGUUAACAUUAAUUGCAGUGCUUCUAUAGGUGGAUUCAUCGUGACUUCGUUGCUUACUAUUUUCCUCAUUAGCAUACGAGAAGAUGUAGCCGUAUACCGUAAAAUUCCGAAAAUAAGCCUCUCCAUGUAUACGCCCCUGCAAAUAUAAGCCCCCAAACUCGUAACGCAAAAAACCCUCCGUUAAAUCGCCCCUCCCAAUAUAAGCCCCCCGGGGGGCUUGUACUUGGAAUUUGCUCUCGAAUACAAAGUUAAACAAAGCAAACAUGGUAAAUUUCCUUCCCACUACAAGCUAGCCCAAUCGAUUUUGAAACGCAAAUUUCCCUCCAUACAUAAACCCCUCCGAAUAUAAGCCCCUCCAAAAAUAAGCCCCUAAAAAAGGGCCUUGGAAAUAAGCCCCGGGGCUUAUUUUCGGAAUGUUACGGUAUACCAGUUAGGUUCAAAAAUUAAAAGAGCUCGUUGAUUUAUACAGUUUGCGAAAGUUUCAGCUCUUUGCAAUCAGUAACAAAGAAAAUAGCAGCAGUUAAUAACUACUAUAAAAACUGAUGGGUGGCAAAACUUUAAUGAGCUCAUACAUCCUUUGUCAAGGAGAAUUUCUCCGAAACUAUCUGGUAUAUCGGGCUCAAAUUUUCAGAGAUGAUUGAAAUUGUUAUGCCCUUUCAAUAUUCAGAAAUUUCAUUUUAUUAGCUUCAUCAGAUAAUGAUAAGCCUAUGCUAAUGAGGCAAAGAAUGUAAACAAGGAUUCGCCUAUAGAAACAAACUGUUCUGCUUUUUAUUAUCUUCAGGGGCUAUAGGUCAGCUCCUUGACUCACUAGAAGAGAUUCAAGUCCUUACCGGGGCUAGCGAUGCCGACGUCAACUUUUUACAGAACUUUUUCGAGCAUCAAACCCUACAGGCAUUAUUGGAGGUGAGAACCUUGGUUGUUUUCUUUGUAGAAAUUCUGACUACAACUUAGUAAGUUUACAGUGAUUUGGAGGUCUGUAUUAAAACUAUCCUAAGAGAUCCUUCGGAGUUUUUGGCGUGUUUCAUGGGUAGCAACGUAUACAGACUAAGGAAAUUGUUUGCAAAUUGCACAUGCAAUUUGAAGCCGUCCUAAAUCGAUAUCAAAUCCUAAUAGUCACUCACAUAACGAGAACAGUUUCUUUAAACAUGUUUGAACAAUAUUGGAACGCACGAAAAUUUCGAAACAGGUAUUUGCUUGUUGGAUAAAAAACAGUGUGUAGUACAUUUUUUAAAAUUUUAUUACAACGUUUUUCUUUUUUCAAAAAUUGAGUAACAGUGCAAAAGUGUGAAAUAUUUUUAAGUCUUGCUCUCUCCUUUGUACAGACAACCAGCGUAAACUGUUUUUCUUCUUUUACCCCUUAAUAAGGUCACGCAUUGCUUCCUAAUCAUGUCUAUUAAAUGAAAUUGCUUUUUAACAUACCAGUGGCAAAUAGAACACAAAUAUAACUGGCUCGCAAAGUAAUUUUUUAAUAUUUCAUCUUCGUUCGCAGAACCAGUAAUUUGAGGUUUUAAUUUCACGAUUCGCUUCUUCUGUAUUUAUAGAUAAAAAAUAUUGAUGUCACUUGUUUUCUGUUUAAUAUGUUUACUGAGAAUUAAAGGCUCUGUAACUCGUUGCACAGAAAACCGUGGCGUGUGCUGUUUACAACUUGGGUUGAGUCUUCAAAUAGUAUUUCAUCAGUUCUAGAUUGGCGGUUUUUAGUGAUAUUCAAAUGUUUUAUUCCAGUGGUUAAUAAUUGAUUUCGCUUGUCAUAUUAUAUCAGUGUAAGUUGAGGGAAUAUCAAAGGUGAGCUUGUUACUUCGACUUUCUUUCCGUAAUGCAUCAGGUUUAUGACAGAAGUCAAGAAUGGACUGAUGAGAACAGCACUUGUCCGCUAUCAGCCUCGCCCAGCGCCGUACAAGACGCCAAAGAGGUAAUUACUUUGCGAAUUUCUGUAUUUUUCAGAAUUUAUACACAAGCUUUCCCUUUAAAAUCUCUUCAACGACAUUAGAGAAAAAGUCUUUUUGUGAUAGUAUCUUCUUCAAAUUUAUCAUAGUAGAGUACAGUUUGUUUGUAACGUACUUUUUUGCCAAGGCUCAAGUUAUUUCCUGUAGUUUUGUUAGCGGGAAGCACACCUUUCUAAGCUUGAUAAUGUUUGUUUAUAGUUUGUGCGUAUGAAGAAAAAAACAGCGUACGGUUAUUUACCUCUCCGGUCUUUUAGUGUCGGUUGUGAUCAUUGACAUAUGAUGGCUCGUCUUUAAUGUCUUUUCUCAAAAAGAGUCGUGAAUGUAUUCUUUGCUAUAUGUGCUCGCAUUCUAUUUAACAACUAAAGCGAUAACUGAAAACAGGCAUGUUUUUUGUACUCUUGAAACUAUACUUAGUCAAAAUUCUUCUUACUUCGCUGAGAUUAAACUGCAAACUUUUUAUUUGGAGAUAUUAUCAUUCGUGAAGGCAUUGUUUCCAGUUAAUUGAUUGUUCCAUCUGAAAACUUAUCCCAAUGUAUUGUUUUCUCGAUUCUGGGUCUUGUGAGUUUACCGAUAAAAGCUGUAUCGAUUUGUUACAAGAACUCUUUCCUCAGGCAAAUUGUCAAGCCAAACUGAGUUUCUUCUUGGUUUUAUAAAGCUCUCUGCCGUUUCAGUGUGUGAUAAAAUAGUGUAAAGUCAGCCUAUAAAUCUACUUAGCGAGGAUCUUUUUAAGUAACUUAGCUAGAGAGAUUUGGUUGCUGUACAAUAAUCGUACACUGUUUGAAAUCCUCUCUUUAUACAACCUACCCCUUAUACUUGCCAAAUUCGCUGUUGAGCGCCGGACAAACAGCGGGGAAAACAGUUAGCGGAGCGGGACGCUCUAACCGCACCCGACCAGCUACGUUUGGUACGACUCACACCCAGGGGUUUCUUUAAGGUUUUGAACAGGAGGGCUACUGAGUUUGACACCCAGGCAAAGAAUUGGCAAGGCCCUCCGGGCAGCGGGGAUCUGGGGGCAUGCUCCCCCGGAAAAGUUUGAAAUUCUAUGGUCGCAGAGAUAACUAUAGUAUAAAACUUGAGCAUAAAUUGACAACAAAUAAUCGAAGAGGGGGGCGGGGGGGGGGGGGGGAGUGGGUGGGGGGGGCAGUGGGAGGGCGAGCCGGAGGAGAAGUGGGGGACGCGCGGUGGGGGGGGGGGGGGGGGGGGGGCACCCAGACAAAAAAGAUUGGAAAGUUUGAGGAGGGAAAAGAAAAAAAUAGAAGAAGGGGGGAGAGAAUUGAAAAAAAAAAGAGGGGGGGGGGGGGGGGGGGGGGGGGGGGUGGUAUUUGCACUCAUCAUAUCUCAAUAUAUAGCAUUGGACCCCCGUUUUUUAUUUCAUUUCUGCAGCCUACAUGUACUGAAUUUCACGUAGGAAAAGUUUGACAAAAAUCUCAGUGUAGCUUCCAUUUCAGAUGAAUGACCUUAACCCUUUAAGCCCCAAUAUCCACAAGCAAAUUCUCCAAACUGAUCGCUAUACAUUGCUUUAAAGAAUAAGUUGAGAGAAUUUGAGAAAAGAUCAAAGCAUUUUCUCUUUGGUGAUCAUUUAAUUAAUUCUCAUAACCUAAUCUCUUGACAAUGUAUGGAUAUCGUUAGGAGAAAAUUGAUGUUGGACACCAUUGGGACUUAAAGGGUUAAUAAGGGUUCACCGUAGCAAAGUGAAUUGAUGAAGCAAAUCCAAAGUAAUUAAUUAUGCGUGGCAUGUACAGACGAUGCCUUCAGUUCACGUUGUUAUGGAACGAUCUUCUCGGGUUUUCUUUUUCCUUUUUCCUUUUUUAUAACUUUCUUCUUUCUUCGUCGUUAACUUUUCUUCAGGAUGUUGAAUAUUAUCUUUUUUUCUUCUUUUUUCAGGUUAUUGACCUGAUCGAAUACAAAGCAGAAGACGAUGACGAUUGUUACGAGCUGCAAAACAUCUUGAUGGACCCACAUGUCGCGGUAAGUCAUUUAAAAGUUCCAAAUUAACAUUAAUGUUUUAUGAGCUUAAUCAGCCAAGAAUUACCGUGGGCCGACUGAAACAGUCCUUGUCCACCCAGAAAUCAUUGCGCCGACUUGCACCCAUUGCACCUCCCUAAUACAGUAAGGAGCUGUAGCACCGACGACGGCGACAAAACGAGAAAGUCAAAAAAGCAAUGCGUUUAUUAAGCAAGACAAAAACUUUGCACGUGCAUCACACCUUUUUGUACAUUUCUUGCCAACACUGCUCGAUUACGACGUAAAAAUGCCUACUUUUGCGUUUUAUGGAGAACAUAAACAAGCGACGAUGAACAUUUCUUUCUUUUUCUAAACUUUAGUGCGAUUCCUAAGAAAUCAACAAAUCAACAUUUUCAGCGAAUUCAUUUUAAAAGUGACGUUUUUGCUGCCGUCACCGUCGUCGAUGGUAAAGCUUCCUUCUGGAGUAGGGAAUACGCGUACAUUGCAACGGAUCAUUUGACCACCUACCCCUCCCCUUUCGUCACAAUCCUGCAAUUGAAUCCACUUUUUAAGUAUCCAUUUUCUCCCUUUAGGCAUUACUUGAAGCACAUGAUGAAGUCCUGAAGAAUUCUUCCGGUGAUGAAGUGAAUCCAUAUCAAUCGGAAGGGAGCCCCGGCUAUAACAAUAGACAGAUGGAAGACUCUGUUGGAGACCGGCCGGAAAAACUAACCCGGGUGCGGCUGGUACAGUUCCACAAACAUCCCAAUGAACCGAUGGUAAGUUUGCUCUGUAAGUUGUAUGUGUGUGUUGUAAACCGAACAGGCGAACUGAGUGGUCCAUUUUUAAGCACGAAAACAUUCUUCCUGAUUUGACUUGUUGAGAUUUAUUUCAUUCCUCAGUAAGUAUGUGCGUUAUUGACCAAGCGUGAGUUCAAGAUAGCUGGAUUUUGAUUGGCCAAGUUCUUUUUUGCCUUUUUAUUGACCAAGACAAAGGCGUGGUCGAUAACAACGCUAAAAAAACGACCAAGCUUGGUCAUUAAGGGAUUUAUUAUAUGCCUAAAAAGACAACUUGUUCUUGCUGGACCACCGCGGGAAAUCCCGAGGGGGUAAGAUGAGCCUGUCUUACCCGCUCGGUAGCCAAUUGGAAAACAGGGCUCGCUUCAUCUUGCCCGCUCGCCGAUUCAGCCAUGUACAGUCGACUCCCGAAAACUCGAGCCCUCUAGGGAAAUCGAAAAAAGUUCGAGUUAUCGGGAUUUCGAAGCAAAUAACCGGGAAUAAGGAAAUAAGCAAACGGAAUGGGAGGAAAUGCAAGUAUCAUGCACACUUCACUUCAAGGGCAGCAAGAGACAUAGAUUAAUAUUUGAAAAAGGAAUUAAGGAACAAAGCUUGUUUGGACACUGAAUUUGAACCGGGCAGAGUGACAAAAAAGUAAAAACGAAGAAUUGACACGAAGAAUUCUUGUUUUGACUUUUUUUUAUUGUUUUGUUUCUUCAAUGUUUCGGACUUUAGUACACUGGUUUUUUUUUCGACUUGUCACGCCCUUAAGACGUGGUUCGAGUUAUUGAGGGAAGGAUUAUAUACAAAUGAUCUGAAGGGAAACAAAAAUUACUUCGAGUUACCGAGGGUAAAAUUACAGUAAAUGUAUGAAAGAAAUCUAGGGGAAAUCGAUUUUGGUUCGAGUUAGCGAGAGUCAACUGUAUUAAAAAAGGUGUCAAUAACUUUUGCUUUUUUUCAUGAUGCUUAAAAUUGAUCGGCAGAAAAAUAGCAACUGUUGACUUAUGAUGUAGGGUUUUCUAAUUUUGGUUUAAUGAUUGAUUAUUUUUUUAAAUAUUUUUAUUCAUUGAUUUUGCUCAAGUAUUUUUACUUAUUUUUUUCUCCAGGGUAUCACUCUAAAACUGAACGAAGAAGGACGCUGUAUCGUUGCGAGAAUUAUGCACGGUGGCAUGAUUCACAGACAAGGUUUGUAUUUUCUAAAACUAAAAUAAAGCACACGAAAUUUUAGUCACCGAAGUCUUCUUUACAUCGGUUUACUAGGAUGCUUUGUCGCGUUCAUGGAAAGGCUAAGGUAGAUAGCUAGAACCAUUACCAAGGGCUGUGCACUUACACAUGAUCUGGGAACAUUGUUAGUCGAUGAAAUAGUUAGAAAUGGUGGCGACAUAUAUACCGAAUACUUUCCCGGUAAAUUUGCGGAUGUGGCAAACGCUUUUAAAGUAACUAGAGCCACUGUCAUAAACUUAGGGCAGCGUCUACAUUUAUGUGCGGAACGAGAAGCCCACAACCCAGAGCGAUCAAUUCGCACACUGGGCUUUUUUACAGCGUUUUCACGGACCGGUUCAUUUUUGUUUACAUGUUGUUACAGUGCUUCAUUAUUUGAAAUCAUUCUCUCACAAAAAGAGGCUUUAUCAAUUUUAUUUGAAGUGAGGGCAAUUCUCACAUACGGAGGGGAUGUUUUUUCGGAAUUUUACAUGUGUUACAAAUCAUACCUACUUGAUUACAUUGUCUUCUUCCGUUGAAUCGCGCUUUAGGUUAUCCGCUAUUGCGCUUGCGCAGUAAGUAUUCUGGGGGCAACCUUUCAAUUUCUGAGCGUAUGUUUUUUAUCAUGGUGAAAAAAACACAUAACCAAGGGGCAUGUCAUGGGAAAAGUCUAAAGAUGAUUUCUGCUUUAGGUAUUAGAGUAUCUAGAAAUAAAGAAUAAUUUAUAAAUCGACUCCCACAAUUGUACUGUAUGCAUUUCGUAUAAGUAAUCAUUUGUGGCCACAGUGCCCCUUGCCUUAAACUAAUGAGUAAGGAAAAUAACGAUCUGGGUGACGUCAGAUCUAGUGGCAAGUGUCACUUACAAUUUUUUACGGGGUGCAGGCUGCCCUCGGGUGAUCCGCUUACUUCUGCGGGAUGCCCGGGUUGUAGCGGCCUCCGCAUCAAAACCCCACUAUUAACGUAAAAGAUCGAAAACGGGAUAUACCUUCAUUCCUCUUCUAUGCUUUCGUUCCAACUUUCUCGACGAACUCGCGCGAAAACGCUUGUUACGCAGGAUUAACGAACUUGAUAGCCCUCCUGUCAGCCGGCACGAGCGUUUAUACUGUUUUUGACCUGGUGUGUUAUUGCCUUCGGCUAGAAAGUGUGUGCACGGGUAGCGUCCACUUUUGAAUGAGCGAUACAUCAUUGCAGCCGAUUGUCGAUAUUGACACAACACGAUAGCAGUCGAUUCGCCUUAAAUUUAAUACUAGUGUUAUUACUGGAAGCUUAACUUCCGUUUUCUUGUUUUAGGAACUCUCCAUCCUAGUGACGAGAUUAGAGAAAUCAAUGGAAUUAACGUGGCAGAUAAGUCAGUGGAGAAUCUACAAGCCAUUCUUGUGAGUGAUGCCUAAUGAAACAACGUAGUCAUUAGUAUAGGUAAUAGCAUGAUUUGUAGUGAUAUUUGGCAUGAAUACGCGCCGUUAGGCGAGUGAAAUUUGAGACAAUUUUGAAAUAUCUCGAGUGGUAUUUAUGCCAAAUAUCACGUACAAAUCAUGCUAUUAUUUGUUUAUACUACUACCUGCAAAAUGUUUGUAAUUUUCACAUGUAGGUAUUUCAAAUUAAGCUGAAAUACCACUGCUCUGAGCCAAUCAGAUUGCAGAAAUUUCUUAUGUAGUAGUAUAACUAGGCUAACAGUGAUUUCGCCUCUUUGGAAACGAGGCGGGAUCUGCAGACGAAAUGCGUCUCGCAAUUGUUUCUGGGAUGGUUACUGGUGACGUGCCGGUCAGCUAUUGGCCAGUUUUUUCCUUGUCCCUGGUAACAGUCCCAGAAGUCUUUGCGAAAGUUAACUCGCCCCAGUUAUCUUCUCGUAUUUUCAGGGGCGGAUCUAGGGGGAGGGUGUAGGGUAUGCGCACUUCCCCCCCCCCCUGAUUUGACCUGCUGCUUUCUAAUACAACUGGUAUUCGUCACCAUGUCAGUUAAUGGUACACUCCCUCCCAAGAAAAAUCCUGAAUCCGCCCCUGAUUUUAGCGUGUGCACAACCAUUUUAACCAACAAUAACAACCACAAUAACUUAAUUUACCCACGCAGUGAAUUAAUCAUUAGGCAAGUGGUGAAAUAUUUAAAAAUAAAACAAAUUAAAACUAAUAACAUCUCCAUUGAUAAAAAUGAUAUUAUUUAUUGUGUCAAUAACAGAAUGCUUGAUUCUGAUUGGUUCUUGACAGCCCAUAUUUAUAGCUUAAUUUUGCUAUUGUAACUCCAACACUGUCCAAUUUGACCUGUCCGAUUAUCAGGAGCUUGUAAUCAGACAGGUCAAGUCGGACACUUAAAGAACCAAUGAAAAUCAAGUAGCAAAAGCCACUAGCCGAUGAAAUCUGUAAAACUCCAGAGCACAUGAUAACCAAUCAAAAUCAAUAGAAAAAAUAGCGACCAGGUAAGCUGUCCAGCUUCAACUGGAAAAGAAAAAUGGAUGAAAUUAACUGGUCCAGUGACUUUUAUUUACGUUAAUAAAUAUUCCAAGACUGAGAUUCUCGCAUUUUGUUAUUGACACAAAUGAUUAAUAAAGGUAAUAGGACUGAGUGGAGUCCAAUUCGGUUUGUUAUCAUACGCGUUCUCAGCUUAUGACUUUUAAUGUUCCCAUAACAUACACAUACAAGUAUGCCAGUUUUGGUAGACGUAAGUACUUUACAUAACUUAUUUACGCCUGUUCAUUUUUAUUCUUUUUAUUAUUUUUUUCCUUCGCAGCGCGAGGCGAGCGGGAAUGUCACUUUUAAGAUUGUUCCCAGUUCAAGAAAUAUUAAUCAAGUUUCUGAGGUAAGAGACCUGUGCGGACUUCGUUUUUGUUGCUAAUACAAGCACAUUUUGGUAGAACAAAGCUGUAUAAAGGUUGGGUGUCUUGUUAUUUGAUUCGUGACAAAUCCUCAACAUUUUGGUGCCCGAUUCAUUUUGCCAUUUGCACGCGGAAACGUGAGUCCGAAAUGAAAAUGUUCCGAUGUGGUUGGUUUGAAUGAAUGUUCUCGGAUUUAGUAAUGUGUGCCAACAUUUAUAAAUCCAGAAAAAUCUCCCCUAGAGAAAACGCAGCCUGAGAAUGAUGCUUUGGAAAUAAGCUUGCCUGCGUAGUUAGUGGGAUCGUGAACACGAGCAAAGUUAUGGGAGAGGAGCUGCGAAGCCGUGCGGGGAAUGGGGAAGAGACCUUUUGAUGGCGUCUUUGCCGCCAAAACUCUCACACUCGCGAAAUCAAUUUCACCAGUUAUACAGGCUAGAAAUAGAGAGCUUUAGAUUUGAGGAGGAGAACGAGUACGAGCGCGAGAUUUAACUUAAAGUUUUUGCGCGUGCUCUCAAAAAUAAGGCACCCCGGAAAGCUUCAUUGUACUUUUUUUCACCAAAAAAGUUAGCAUGGUUAUUUACACUAAAGGAUGUUAAGCCUCCUCCCGAUAGCAAAAUGAUAAAACUUCGUAUAUUUGAUAACUUGUUCCUGCCACUACGACAUUCUCGCUAAAACUCGUAGUAGAAUAACGUCGGCCACCACGUUUACCCGCCAAAAUGACGCUGGUUCACGCGUGAGCAAUACUCAGUAUUGUGAAAAUCUCGGACUCAUAGUCGCCCUCGUCUUAGAAUCUAAAGCUCUCUAGAAAGCCUACACUGUUUACGACAGUGUUCCAGUUGCGGAAAGCGGUCUUCCCUUGAGUUAACGUCACGUGUCUAUACCAAGCUAUUGUUGUUCGUUUCAGGUGUAUGUUAGAGCCCUGUUUGAUUACGAUCCCCGAGGGGAUGACUUGAUACCGUGUCAGCAGGCCGGCUUAUCCUUCACCUGCGGGGAAAUCAUUCAGAUUGUCAGCAAAGCUGACCCAUACUGGUGGCAGGCCAUCAAGGAGGGUGAUAAUGAAGGCUUUGCGGGACUUGCUCCGUCGCCCGAACUACAAGAGUGGUGAGUAUGUCCGGAACCAAUUCCUUUUAUUAUUUUCUUAAAUGUUUGGAAAAGAAACUCAAAGGUCAUUUUAAUUUUGAAAAUUUCAAGACCCAAAAUGUCGAAUCGUUUUUUUUUUUAAUUCUCUAGUAUUACUCUUGUUAAGAGAUACUUUUGUGCAAUUUCUUUACGUUUUACAGUAUUUUUUUCUUCAAGGAGAAUAUGUCAUUUUAGAUCCCCUCUACAUUGGUGCGUUUCGUUUUUUGGUUUGUUUUUUGUUAUUGUAGUUGUUGUUUUCUUGUUGUUGUUGUCGUUGUUGUUAAAUAUAUUUUGGCUUUGCUUUCUACAUUUAAAUGACCCAAAACGGAGGCUUAUGAAAGAAGAUUAUAGAAGAUUGUAUUGAGAACACAGUUCUAUCCCCUUUGCGUUAACCAUAGAAUUUAGAAGAAAUUAACAAGGCGUGGACACCAAAUGCUGCAAUAGUUACGACUAUUAAUGUGUGGGUUGAGCAAUGUUUUAAAUCUUGAUUGAAAAAAACUGGAGUGGCUGUUAAGGAUUUACCAUGUGAACUCUUCUUUCUUUUUUUCAGGCGAAUUUCUUGUAUAGCUGCGGAAAAAGCCAGAAAGCAAAAUGGAGGUGAGUUGUUUUUUGUUUUAGUUAGUUUUCUUUCACAUUGUUCCCGAUCUCUGACGCCGCUAACUACGGCAGUACUAAUCCUCUCGUUUUUAUGAGAAUUUCGCUAAAAUACAUCUGCUUUAACUCGCAUCUCUGUCAAUUUAAGUCUCCAUUUAAAAGCGAGGAGCCAACCUUGUGAAACCACUAAAAAUCAAGCUUAUAUUGAAAGGUAUAUAUUCUUUAUGUUCCCCGCAGUUCUCGUAUAUGAUUUUCAUAUAUUCAUAACUUCGGUAUAUAUUCUGUGGUCAGGUUUAUUCAAAUUCGGCAAGCUAUCUACUUACAGCCGCCUAGCUAUCGACAUUUGGUUGGAAACCAGAAAAAGUGCAUUCGUUGUUAGCACAGAAAUAUAAUUUAAUGGAUUGUUGCUUUGUUCUCCAUUUCAGCAACUUGUAUGUGGUUCGGCAAGAAGAAGAAAAGUAGCCGGGAUAAAUAUGUUGCUAAGCAUAACGCAGGUCUGUACAUACUGACACCAAUGUGAUUGAAGAGACUUCAAGUCGCGUUCCUUUUACCAAAUAUAUCUUAAAUGGACUAUGUUAUGGCGAGUCAACAUGAUAUGAGCGAGUUUUGUUUCCCUUUUCUUUUUUAGUUUUUGAUCAGCUUGAUCUUGUGACCUAUGAGGAAGUUAUAAAGCUGGAUUACUUUAAAAGAAAAACGUUGGUUCUUCUUGGUAAGUUGGAUGAUUAAGGCCACGCGAGGUUCAACUUAACGCGCGACCUUCCAUAUGUUGCCUCUAUUUUAUUUACGCACGUAAAAAUAUCACGACAGUGGAAAUCCACCUUAAGGUUUGCUGUUUCAUUUCAGGUGCGCACGGUGUCGGGAGAAGACAUAUUAAAAACACGCUUAUUAACAAAUAUCCAGAAAGAUUUUCAUAUCCAAUACCUCGUAAGUAUAAAAAAGAAAUUCUCGUCUUUUGUGAUUCCCUCGUUUUGUCUCUCAGACCCAGGUCAAAGGUCGAACGUUGCUUGGUACCGAACUUAAAUGCUAUUAAGCAAAAGUAUUGUUCUAGCUCAUUAGCGUAAGGUUUGGGCACAUUGAAGUUUGACGUUUGACCCAGGCCUUACAAGCCCUAGCUUGCGAACUGCAGACGUAUUUCCGGUCGUCGUUUCUCUUUCUCAGAAGCGGCAACCGGAAAUAACUCCGCGGUUCGAAGGCUGUACAGGUCUCAUCGACACGUAUCCGUUUUUAUUUGAAAACGAAAAUUCUUUUCCUCUGGUUUAGCCCACGUCCACACGUAUCCGGGGAAAAUGGUCACCGAAAACGCAUCUUUUCAAAAACGCUCUCCAGACUGUGGAGAUUUUUGAAAACGCCGGCUUCUCGUUUACGCGUGAACGGACGAAAAGGGAGAUUUUCGAAUACCAUGAUGUCAUACAUCAUAUAGAACGAGAUUUACGCAUGCUCCGUAAGGUAUGCUAUAGUAUUUCCAUCGUUUUAGCGCUUUCGCGUUUUGAAACGAUUCGAAUACGCUUUGUGCGGGAGCGAAUAUGUUUUGAAGACGGAGAAAAAAAUCUCCGUUUACAAAAAUAUCCGGAUACGUGUGGACGAGUCCACAGACUGGCAUAUUAAACAGUCUUACACAGCGUAAAAACAAUACUACAGGAUGGCAAUGCUCAGUGGCUUUUAUAGCCAUGCUAUUUGAAUAGUUACCGUUCAGGCUAAAUAAGUGAUAACUGGCCAAAGUAAAAACUCGUCGUUUCUAAAUGUUAUUUCGUAAAAUGAUAGAAAAAAGUACCAUGUGAAAGAGGUUUCAUUUGAAUGGUCACAACGUAGGAUUUCGUCACUCAGACUCAAAAAUUAGAACCACUUGCAAGAGUCCAUCAGUCCUUUGUGAGUGGAAAGUCUAACACCAUGAUAAACCAGCGAAUCACAGAGAAAUAUUUCUCGGUCAUUUAUAAAGUCGACCUAGACUUAAAACAAUUUUGUGGGAAGUAUCACUUGAACGUACCGCAAAAUGGCUUUCACUUAACAGUUUAAUCCCCAGCAACAACUUGUAUAUUCUCCACAGUGAGAUUCAUAAAUUUUUUGUGGUACUGCUUGAGAUGACAGAGAGCUUUAGAUUAAAGGGCGACAUUUAAUUUUACUUUUUUUCGCCUAUUCUCGUAAAACAGACACCCCGGAAGGCAUCAUUGUACUAUUUUUCACCACAAAAGUUAGUUCGCUCAUUUCCGUUGACGGAGGUAAAGCCAUCUCCCGCUCGCUAAAUUACAAAAUUCCUACUAUUUGAUAUCUUAUUUUCGCCACCACGACAUUCUCGCUAAAACUCGUAGUAGAAUGACGAUGGCUAUCACAUUUUCCCGCCAAAAUGAGGUUGGUUCGCGCGCGCACUACUCAGUAUUUGGGGAAAUCUUGUUCUCGUAGUCGUCCUCGUCUUGGAAUCUAAAGCUCUCUAUUUUGCUCAAGAAUAAAGACAUUUCAUCUUAGGUGAUUAUUCCAUUAAUUCUCAUGACCUGUAUGUGGUAUCAGACAAUGUUAUUAUUGGGAGAAAUUGGAUGUUGGUCACUAUUAGGACUUAUAGGGGUAAUCAAGUGGUCAGCAUUUAUUGCAUCGAGAAACAUAAGUCAUCAACCUUUGAACUUCUUUUUGUCAGAUACUACUCGUGAGCCCAAGGAUGGAGAGGAGGAUGGCAAGAACUAUUUCUUCGUUGCAGCGGAAGACAUGCUAGCUGACAUAGAAGCUAACAAGUAUCUAGAGUACGGAACUCAUCAAGGAGCCAUGUAUGGCACUAAACUAGACACCAUAAGGGACAAUCUCAAUAAGGGGCUCACAGCCAUACUCGACGUAGAACCCCAGGUAAAGAGGCCCUCCAUCUCUGUAGAAUACCCCUUUCUAACACACUUUCUUUUAAAAAUACAAGGGCAAUUUCCACUUAAACCCUGUAUCAGUUACUUCCAAUCAAUCCCAACAAGGGUAGAAAUCUGGGAAUUUGGACUUGUAUUGGAGGAGGCUGGUAAGAGUAGGCAUAUGUAGUUUUCUCUUGAAUGAUAUACAGUGAAAAAACGGAUUCGUCUCGUGUUUACAGGGAAUUGGUUUGGUGCACUAGAGUCAUCUAUACGCGUCGUGUCCUGGACGCAAGGUUCAGCGUUCGUUGCAUUGUGCUCUAGAUUUGAAGAUCACUAAUUCAAGCUCCUGCUGCGCGGUUUUUCAACGAAUCAGAAGCGAAAACAAAACCACUUGCGCGCAAUAAAACCGUUCAAGGCGUAAUGGAAAGGAUUUGCUUCCUUUCCAAGAGAACACGCGCGCCGCGUAUUAAACAAGGAGUACCAAGCACGGUUGUCUGGAUUCUCUAUGUCUGCUGUAACUCGCCGAAGUAAUUACCUUGGUUUAAGGCUUCCGACGUCAAACUUAAUAGUAGCCUCUCUGUUUUGUUGUAGGCUUUAAAGGUUCUUCGCACCGCUGAAUUCUCUCCGUACGUCGUAUUUAUUUCCGCUCCCUCCAUUCUUGCAAACGACGGUAUGAAGAGCCCAUCCACACCAAACGGAGACGUCGCUGUAAGUAUAUAGGAUAAAUUACUUGAGUCAAGCUACUGCACUUAAGGGAAGAUAAAUAACAUAAAUAAGGACUUAGAAGUAAACAUUCGUCUACCAUUUCUGAUGGAAUUGGAAUACCGGAGUACCCGGAGAAAAACGUCUCGAAACAAAGAGGAGAGCCAACAACAAACUCACCCCGCAUAUGACGACGACGUCUGGAUUUGAACCCGGGCCACUUUGGUGGGAGGCGAUUGCUCUCACUAUUGCGCCAUCCAUUGCUUCCAAGAUACAGAAUCAAGAAAAUAAUAGGAUGGCUUUAUUUCAGUAAAAAUAUGUUUCCAUCCCGCGAUACUCAUACAGCUAGACCGCAAAAGAGUCCGUUUUUUUUUGCGUAUUGAAGUACGCGCGAACAGUCAAACAAAAGGUCUAGAGCGAGGCUGAAAACGGAGAGCGAGACUGGGGAGCAGGGCGUCUUUAUCCGCCCUUCUGGGGAGUGUGAGGCUCGCGCUUCGCGCUAUGCUUUACCGAUUUCUUUACCGAUUUUCAGGGAAAAAAACUUGACUGUUUUGCAGUCUACGAUACCGUCUUAUGUGGAAGCCUUAUUUAAGGGGGCCGUGUCGUGGCUGGCUAGUUUAUUUUCUUUUGUCAAAUCCCAAUUAUGCGUCCUCUCCUUUUUCGCUAUGGAAUUUGAGAAAUUACUUACGAAUGACAAAACGCAGCAACGUGUCAUGCUAGCUAUUGUGUCUCCUGAGCAUAAACGUUACAGACGACAAAAGUGAACUUUGAAAAACUGUUCUGGCUAAAAACGUUUCAAAAACCACAACUCCUUUUCUAUUUUGCGGUGUUAUUUAUACCUUCUUUUAACCUUCUGUAUUUGUUUCACUCAAUUUAAUCAUAGUUCCUACUGUUUGAAUUUUUCAAAAUGUCGCGACGCAGCCCCUUUAACUUAGAGUGCUCUCUGUUGCAGGAUGAAAGUCUCCAGAAGCUGGCUAAAGAGUCGGAUAACCUUCGCCAGAAAUAUGGCCAUUUGUUCGACCUCACGAUCGUAAACAACGACAUCGAUGAUACUAUUCGCCUUCUAGAGAAUUCUUUCGAGCAGCUACGAACUACUCCCCAAUGGGUUCCAGUUUCUUGGGUCUACUAGCCUCACCCUACCCCUUGUAAAGGUUCGCGCAUGGGAUAAGUCACGUGAUGCGAACUUGACAUGGAGUAGUCCUCGAAUACAAACAGACGUGACGUCACUAGUCCUAAUCCCGCUCCUAAGCCAGUAUCUGGACAGAGUCACUUGUAUAGUUGCUUCAUCUAUACGUAAUGUCAGUGCUGAUAAAUGAAUGCAGUGCUGUUUUGACAUCAGCUUCACUCCUUUGAAUACACAGUUCACGCAAAAAAUACGACUAUUGUACGGGUGCCAUUGUAACGUUGAAUUCACGGGGAGUUAUACCGAUGGAACUACGCGUCGUUUCACACGCACUGAUCACACAUCGCCAAGAAAUCACGCUGUGUUUUAAAAAGGGGGAGUAGGUGCCUGAGUGGAGUAUUGACCACGCCCUCUGACUCAUGAUCUUCCACUAUAAGAGGGCCAGAACUCAAUAAUAAUAAAAAUGUAUGUAACUGCUGAACAAUUCAAGAUAAUUCUAUCUAUUGGCGGAGCAGAAAAAGCAGACGUAGUAUUGCAUCUGUUGUUUUUGUUUGUUUUUACUUUUUUUGUCAUAGAACAAUAUUGCUGCUCUCCGAAGCGUUUUAUAUCAGUUUAUUUGCUGUCACUAUAUUUUAGAAUGCUAGAAUUACUGCUUCUCUCUUAGAGAAAAAGAUUGAAAGGAAAUGUCAAAUUCACUCGCGUAAGACAAACCGUACGAUUUCGUUUUGCUCUGUAAAUUAGUUAGUUUUUUGUCUAGUCACGCAACGCUUCUCGUUACGAGACAAAAACGACUGCGAGGGACACUAUAAAUUAGCCCUUCGGAUAUUGCAGAAUUGAAAAGGGAGUGCUGUUUGUGGCGGGUAAAUCAUAACGGAUAAAAAAUAAAUCGUGGUUCCGCUUAUACAUAGGGUCAGAGAUUCAAUAAGUUCGAUGCUGACUUGGUGCUUUAAGCUACCUUAAUGUAAUCAAAACAUACAGCAGACUGGUUUUGUAUCUUAAAUGAGUGAUUUUGAAGCAAAAUGAAGACUAAAAAUUAGUUCCGUUCAGGUUGGGUUAUGCGUUUUUUCUCUUGUUACUAUUAUAUGGCUAUAGCUGCCCCAGAAAACCGUGUUGAAUUGACCUCGCUAAAAUAUGUGUAAUCCCAUGACACAAUAUUUAUUAAUAUAAUAUUUUUUUUUAACGUGGCUAAGGGUAUAGGGCUUGAAUUGCCCUUGUCGCAGAAGAUCAGCUAGACCUUGCAGAGCUUUUUAUCAAUCAAAGCUCUCUUGGUUCUCGACCCUUUGCCUUGGCUUUUUAACCUAUUUGCAGUCAUGCGCA